AUGUACCACGUCAACGCCAAUUAUACACCGUGGAAUCUUUUGGCCUUCAACUUCACUGGAUUUGCCUGUGUAGCCAUAGUGGUUUUUCUCUCUUCUACGCAGCCGUUCUAUGUAAGUGAAGUUAUUGGAAUACAGGCAGACGCUAAAAUAGGUGCUAUCAUCGGAACUUUGGGAUUUACCGAUGAGCUUGUCUCGAUAAUAUCAUCGCCAUUGGUGGGAACCUUGACAGAUAAGUUGAACUCCAUAGGCAUACAAGGCACGCGCUAUAUCCCCAGUAUCAGUUUCCUCAUUUUGGCUUUGAGUUUGGUCGGGUAUGCUGUGGUCAGUACAAACAUAUAUCCAGAUGUUAUUUUUUUCAGAUGCAUAUUUGCACUUGGAGUCACUAGUUGUAUGAGCAUGAUUACGGUUAUGCUCAACGAACUCACCAACUCGGACUUUGCGUUCCAGAAGUUCCUCUUCUGGAGACACUAUCAACAGCAAGCCUUCGAUAGUCUUGAAUUGAAUGAUCCCGAAGACAAAAAGAAUGGAAAGUAUUCAGCACUCAUCGGUAUUUCAACCGGAUUAGGUGCUAUCUUCUCCGUAUCUUUCUUCUUGACUUUGCCAAUCAAAUUGGAAGGAUUGAAAUAUUCGUACUUGAUCGUGGCAGCCUUCGCUGUAGUAGCUUUUCAUGUUCUCGUUGUAUUCUUGUAUGAUAGCAACAAGAAGAAACCCAACACUAUUGAAGAAUCUGAGUUUGAAGUAACAGAAGAACUGGACGAGCCAGAAGAAAAAUUGCCCUAUUUUAAGCUACUUGCCAGGGGAUUCGAGAUCUCCCGAUCCAACCAUAGAGUACAAUUAUCAUAUAUUGGAGCUUUUGUUGCGAGAUCAACUACGGUCACCACUUCUGUAUUCAUACCUCUAUUGGUGUACAACUUCUACUACAAGAACGGAAAGUGCAACACUACAGACUUUCCUAACAAAAAGAACUGCAACGACGGGUAUAUUUUCUCGGCUAUUUUAACCGGAGUAGCACAAACAAUUGCACUUAUAUCGUCUCCGUUAUGGGGCUACAUGAUUGACUCCAGGAGAGUCGGAAAAUUCAAGACAUUACUUGUUUCAGCUAUCGCUGGCAUAAUCGGCAAUUUCGGCCUUUGUAUCUCUGGAAGCACCACCAAAGGUGCUUACGAUCCUCAUACUGUAAUCUGUUUUGUGAUGGUUAGUCUCAUAGGCAUGUCGCAGAUCGGAAUUAUCAUCACCAGCAUGAGUGUAUUGAGUGGCCUCACCCACAACCCCAAGAAUAUGGGUUCACUCAGCGGGUUAUAUAGUUUAAGCGGAGGUCUCGGGAUCUUGCUCAUUACCAAAGUUGGUGGCUUAUGGAGCGACUACUGGAUCUUGGGGCCAUUUUUCCUCUUGGGUGCGUUCAAUACCGUUUUGCUUGUAGUU